AUGGGCCUGAGGUUGCUUUAUUUACUGGCUAAUAAGACUCUGCUGAGAGCCAUCAUAGAAGGGACAGAUUCUCAGCCAAUUAAACCAGCGGCUAUAUUUACAGUGUCCAGUGCACUUGGAAGUGGGCAUGCUACAUCCGCGUCUUCUCAAACGGCCCGGGAUCCUAAGGCUUCAACUGCUUUGGACAUGCUGGCUACUGUAGCAGAGGCAAAUGCUCACUCAACAGAAACCCCUGAUAAGAAGGCAGGGAAGGCUGCUACCCCAUCCACAACAUUCCAUAUUACAUCAUCCACCACUACCAACGACAUCGGUGCCACACCGAAGACAACCUCUUCUCCAACCCAGACAGCUACUACAGAGAACGUCGGUUGGGGCAGCAUGAUUGAAUCUAACUUCAAGACUACGAUCUAUUAUUCUUUCACUGAGCAGUGUGGUCAUCCAGAUAUUUCCUCGCCCUCUCUCCAAUCGGCCUGCGAGGCUCUUGUUAAAGAUGGGUGCGCCAACCCAUAUGUUAGGAGCGACUUUCUUGGCGGAGUGGAAUUCACUGCCAAUAACAAAUCAGCCUCCUGUAUGGAUUCAGCACCUUUGACAGUCGAGGGCUGCCAGGAAGGGCUCAGACGUGCAGCAAGCUAUGUUGACAGCCAAAUAGCAUUGAAAGGUGACCGGGCGUGUGGAGGCUUCGUAAAUAUAGUAAAUGUGAAUGGCGACGAGAUGGGGGCUAUUAUAAAGAUGGAUUUAGAGUAUGAGCUUGAAGAUUAUUGGCUUGAUAAUUAUACCGGCUUUAGCACAUCAAGCUAUCUGUUGAGAUAUGAGGCCCACCGCAGCAUGUUCCUCAAUGGGCUAUUAGGACUUGCAUUCCACAAUUCACGCAGAUUACUAGGGAGUAUAUUUGUCUCUGGGCUAAUUAAAUCAUUCAUAUUAUAG